AUGGAAUCUUUCUUUCAAGCAGCGUUGAAUUCGGUGCUUGAGGCUGCAGGAGCGGGAAGCAGAGCCAACAGGUCGAGUGACACCAACAGUGGCAGCAACACUGAAUCCAGUAGGCCGGUAAGCCGCAGCAACACCUCCGGUGGGACCAGCGGUCGCUCUUGCGGAAACGCAAGAACGAAUCGCUUUGUCGCCAGAGCCUCGACGACACCCAUUCCGGCCGAGGGGUCUUCAACUUCCAACAACCCCCAACAUGAAGCACACAGUCAGUCAGACCCUCCGCAAGACCGAGGUGGAGGCAAUUCAACUGCCCAGGAAGCUGAAGACAGCACCAGCAAAAGCAUGCACGCUGAACACAACAGUGGCAGCAGCAGCAGCAACAGUUUCACGCAGAGUGCCAGCACGGGCGGAAAGUCUAACGGCACUGCAGGAGUUCCUCAGAAGGGUAACAGGGAGGCAGCAAACCGCUUGAAGGAUCUAGGAAACGAGAGUUUCCGGCGGUGCAUGUAUGGCUUGGCAACAGAAUACUAUUCAAAGGCAAUAGCAAUAGAUGCAACCGUUGCUUCUUAUUUCACAAAUAGGGCCCUCUGCCAUAAGCGACAAAACAGAUACCCGGAGGCGCUGCAAGAUGCAGAUGCAGCACUGGCGCUUGACAAGACGAACAUCAAGGGGCUCUACAUCAAAGGUGAUGCCUUGGUACAACUCGGGAAUUUGGACGAAGGGGUCUCUCUGCUACAGGAGGCCGAAAAGGCCUCCUCUUUGGGGACGGGGAGAGCGGCUUUUGAGAUCCGUCACUCUCUUUUAAAUGCCCGCAAGCUCAGACAUGACCUUUGUCAGAAACAGCGAUCAGCUGAGAGAACGGAUGUCGUGGCAUUCCUGAAGGAAUGCAUCGAUACCGUGGCUGAACAUCGGCAACUGCCUGAGGAGGAGGUUCAGGAACGACACGCCCAACUAGAGCAGCUCGUGGCAGAGGCAGAAAAGGCGGAUGCACCUUUUGAAACACCCGAUUUCCUCACUUGCAGAAUCUCCAUGGGUCUCAUGGACGAGCCUGUAAUAACCCCCAGUGGCAUCACGUACGAACGAAAGAUUCUGUUGGAGCAUAUUAAUCACAAUGGACCAACCGAUCCGACUACCAGAGAAUCAUGCGAGGUCCAUCGGUUGGUCCCGAACUACGCGUUAAGGGAAGCCACUACGUGGUUUCUUGAGAGGCAAGUAUGA